CCCUUCCGGUGUGUCCCCGCUCUGUGACGGAGCCAUGGCGGUGUUCCACGAUGAGGUGGAGAUCGAAGACUUCGAGUACGAUGAGGAAACGGAGACGUACAGCUACCCGUGCCCCUGCGGGGACCGCUUCCUCAUCACGCGGGAGGACCUGGAGAACGGAGAGGAUGUGGCCACCUGCCCCAGCUGCUCCCUCAUCCUGCGCGUCAUCUACGACCAGGAACAGUUCAUGCGUGAUGAAGUCAUUGCAGAACCUUUGGCAAACAAAGAACUGGUAAAGUGCUGAUGAAUCCAUCAUGAACUGUUGCUGCUUUAACAUAAGCAAUUAUGGGAAUGACAAUUUUGGGAAGAGACGUUGCUCCGCCUGGAAGUUCUUGCUGCUGUGAGAAAUACGUGCAAUAAUUGUCUGUCUUAAUAACUUGAAAAAGAAUUUUGUGGGACAUCAGAAUGAAUGAGGUUUUGUUUUGUUUUGUUUUUCCAAUAGAGUUAAGCACUUAAUUAGUAUUAGUUGGGAUACGUACUCUAGAAGACCAGGAGUAUGAUACUAAUUGACUUCAAAUCAAUAUGCUGAAGAUGCAUACAGAGCUGUUCUAUGCUGAAAGGAGAACAGUUAUCUAGCAGUGAUUUCUUAGACUGUGCAGAGAAGUUCAGUGUAUUCAGCAUGGGUGUGUUCCCGCAUGAAAUGGCAUAGAGAGCUGAAAUGUUGGGAGACGAGUUCAGAAAUCAGUAGGACUCCAUGUGGUUCUGUGUGAUGCCAUGCAGAGUUGAAGUUUUGAUGCAAAUUGCUGUCUCCUCUGUUUUGUGCCCUCAUAGUUCCAGCAUAUACUGCCUAUGGGGAAAAUAAUGAGAUCCAGAACCAGUGCUGCUGCUGGAUCGUUUUACUUCUGUGAGUGUAAGGAAAAUGCAGUUGUAUUCAUAACUGUGGUGGGUGCAAUGUGUGAGUUGCAGCAGAAGCAGCUUUGGUGGUUGUAUCAAACGGGUAUCUGACAUAAUGAUUUACAUUUGUGUGCAUUGUGUGUAAUUAAACAGUAGGAAACACCAUUUUUCUACCCCUGUACUGUUACUGACAUAUGAAUGAAGUUGAACUCAAAGUGGAUUCUUAUUUACCCAUAUUUUCUCAGUCACUCUUUGGUUUGACUCUUGCAGCAAAUAUAAAAUAGGCUGUGGUUGUUCUGUUUGUAAUACUGCAUUUUCUGAAUUCUUAAGUCUUGUUGUGUUGGGUUCUGUCAUUUCCUAUGUCAGAGAUGCACACAGUUCACUUUAUUCAAUAAUAAAAAGGAGUGUUUUUAGGGCAGAAGAAAGUUGCAAGAAUAUGCUCCAAAGUACCUCGGUUCCAAGACUGCUUCGUGGAUUACAGGCCACUGCACUUAAGUAUUUAUUUAAGAUGGUGAUAAUUUGCAUGUUUUAGUAGGAUGUGACAUCUGUGAAGUUUUGGGACAAAUAUUUGCGCGGCGUUUAUAUCGUGAUGUCACUCCAGGCACAAGAGAUAAGCAGGUCUUACCGAUGUCUCGGAUGUAAUUAUUUUUGUACUUAGGACAUUCUGUGAAUGUUGGAAACGAACCUUCUAAUUGCUUUUUGCAACGGAAGCAGGCAGGAGCCGACAGCCUUCAGCUGGAGGUUUGGAAGGCAAUGUGCUCAACCCGAGUUGUUUCUGUGCCUGACCACCAGGUGGCGCUCCUGUCGCUUAAAUGGCUGCGCUUCAGAGAGCGCUGUGGAAAUCUGGAUAGCUAUAAAUAUUUCUUUUCACUUACGCUUAAAUAAAGAUGUUUAAAACUGCA